AUACUGUCAGCAUGCUACCAUCUUGCGCGACCCAUUCAGGCCCGGCGGUUACUUUGUGUGGUAAUCCGUCAGCUCCUUGUAAACGAGUCUAGGAAUCCAGCUCUAAAUCCCCCGCCUGAUGCAUUGGAAAUAUUCUUGAAAUCUCAUGGAGGGGUUGAGGCAAUAGCUGUCACUCUCCGCCAGAUCCUCAUUAACUACACCGUGCAUCAGCUUAGCGGCGAUGAUCAGAGCACUCCAGAUACACCCAAGCUGCCCGAGAAUUACCAGAUCGAUGCGACUCAGAUUUCCGCUGAAUUUAUCGCCCUGGACGCACGAAGAUGCGGUUCGGCUUCUUGGCACACACUUUGCAAUGGCGAAGGAUAGUGAUAGUGAGGAAGUUAGGGAGAAUCGUUGGAUGGUUGUCAACAACGUUGCACCGUUUAUCAAUCUUGCCCUGCGGUGAUAGUAAUGUGAUUAACGCGGCACCGAACCCGGCUCAACGGAUUGCAGAGCUCGUUAUUUCCUCUAACUUCCUAACUGUUGCCAGCCAAUCGCUUGUCAUGGCUGCUGCAACAAAAGAUGCUCACAACUCCGCGUGGUACCGUAUCUUCAAGAUGAUCAUCCAUACCGUUCAAUGUAAAGACUUGUCAUGCAGGGUUUACCUCCCUGCGAUCCCCUCGGAGCCAAACGCGCUCUCGCUUCAGAGGACCCUUGCCAACGCAUUCCGCCCCCUUUUCCUCCCCGUCCUCGAUGACAUCGAUGUUCUUAUCUCAAAACAAGCCACAGAUGAAGCAGCCAUACCUGAAAGCUUAAAACAGCACUUGAACAUCGCGGAGGACGAAGAAAAGGAGAAAGAAAAGGAGAAAGAGAAAGAAAGGAAGUUGCGCGAGAGCGCAGCUCUUUGGCAGACCGUGUUAACCUGGAGAGCACUUGCCACCGGACUAGGCUUCAACGAAGAAGUAGAGAGAGGGACGAGAAAGGAUGUCGAACGAGGGGCCACUAUUGAUCAUGCAAAAUUUUGCUGGUGGUACAAGUGCGACACGAAGGACGCUUCCGAGACGUACAAGCGAUGUUCGGGAUGUAAGGCUGUAUCGUAUUGCUCACCCGACCAUCAAAAGCUUGACUGGAAGGAGGGCGCACACAAAGAUGUAUGCAUGAUUUUGCAAAACGCCUGAAUACAUUUACAAUUUGAUUCCUUAUGUGAAUGCUAAAUUUGGGUUCGGGCGCGUAUAUGACCAUAUAUAAUUUUACGUAAUCGGCCGAUCCGAGGGCUAAGCGCCAAACAUCGCUAGCAGCAGGAACGAUGGCGCUACGGGUUGGGUACAUCCGCGAACAGUUCGCAUCGCCACUUCUUCAGGUAGG